UCCUCGCAGCUCCCCAAUUGAAAUUCAGUGCCGACUUGUCUCCAGCCAAACGCCUUUUGUUUUUUUAUAUAAGGUCCAUAUUUCUCAGCUGAGGAAGACGAAGUCUUUCAGCAUUUAGGAGGAAAAAGAGAAAACGGUUCUUGAGAGAGGAAACAUGUCUGCAGGCAUUGCGCGUGGCCGUCUCAUGGAGGAGCGAAAGGCGUGGCGGAAGAAUCAUCCUCAUGGUUUUGUGGCUAAGCCAGAGACGCUUCCAGAUGGGCAGGUGAAUCUGAUGGUGUGGCAGUGCACUAUCCCUGGUAAGCCUGGGACUGAUUGGGAGGGUGGUUACUUCCCUCUCACACUCCACUUUAGUGAAGACUACCCUAGCAAGCCCCCAAAAUGCAAGUUCCCUCAAGGUUUCUUCCAUCCUAAUGUCUACCCUUCUGGAACUGUUUGUCUAUCGAUCCUCAAUGAGGAUAGCGGAUGGAGACCAGCUAUUACUGUGAAGCAAAUUCUUGUGGGUAUCCAGGAUUUGCUGGACCAGCCUAACCCUGCGGAUCCUGCACAGACAGAAGGAUAUCAUCUCUUCAUCCAGGAUGCUGCUGAGUACAAGAGAAGGGUGCGGCAGCAGGCCAAGCAAUAUCCACCUCUCGUUGGAUACUAAUCCUUAUUUUAUUAGAGACCGUUGGUGCUUGGUGAUUCCUGAGUUGCCAUUAUGUGUAGAUUGCAAUAGUUUUAACUGUUUUUAUUCCCUCAAAAUUUGGUUCAUCUUCUGUUGAUAUCUGACAGUACACCGCCCCGCCAAUGAUGCUCAUUGGCAUUCCAUUUAAAUCAUAAACGUAAGUUUCUGCUAUGUUGGGAUACUUUUUUUUUGUGUGAUUUCUCUAAAAUGUUUCCUCCACUGUGGACUGAAAAUUGGCCAAACUGUGACAGAGACACCUUAGCGUGUUGUUGCCAAGUAUUGUCAUGUGAGCUUCACUGAAUGGUAAAAACUAGUUGCCUUUGCUAUGGGAGGAGCAUUGGAUUUUACCCAUUCCCUUUGUUGUUUCUAUUUCUAUCGGUUAUUCCAAUUCCUUGAUUGGAAUUUCACUUAUUGUAAAACCAUUAUGGCCGUACGUUUAAUGCUUGGAAUGCUUGUUCAUGUUUGCUAUCUG